AACACAAUGAAUCUUACUUAUUCUUAGUAUUUAAAGAAUUUUUCGAUAAAAAAAUGACUAAAACAUUGGUAAAAUUUAUAAAAAUUAUAUAGUUUAUGAUAUUUUUAUUUUGAAAUUUCUUUCUUAUAAGUAUGAAUUCGUUAAUUCCUCACUGGGUUUAUUUAUUAAUAUUAAUCCGUGGAUCGAUAAGUGAAGAUCCAUUGGAGUUAAGUUUGGUACAUCCAAAGCCAUUUUUAACACACGAUCAUUUUCCACAAGAUGAAUUACCUGAUACAGACGAUGGUAAAAAAUUACCAAAAUUAAUUCAUGAUGAAUCAUUUGGUAAAAUAAAUAAUCGUGAGGAAUUCGAAGAACGGAAUUUAUGGUCAGAGGAUCAUGAUAGACCAAUUCGAUUACAUGCAACUUUAUUGGAUGAUAAAUUACAAUAUUGUACUCGACCUGCGAAAUGUGUGGAUUUAACAUAUUCAACAUGUUUAGGAACAAAAUUACCUUAUGAAUCAACAUCGUUAAAUUUAACAGAUUUGUCGACUCAAGAGCAAAUUCAAGAGAAAUUAUAUGUGUAUCAAUAUUUACGGCAUGUACCAAAAUGUUGGGCAGUAAUUCAACCGUUAUUAUGUUCGUUGUAUAUGCCAAAGUGUGAAAAUAAUUUAGUUUAUCUACCAUCGAUGGAUAUGUGCAACAUAACGCGUGGGCCUUGUAAAGUUUUAUAUGGUACUCAAUUUUUUCCACCUUUGUUACGAUGUGAAAACGAUAAACAUACUCCAUUACCUAGAGCAUGUAAAAAUGAUUUACGAAAAAUAAAAUUCAAUACUACAGGUCAAUGCUUAGAACCAUUAAUUCAUACCGAUAAUCCAACAUCUUUUUACAAGCAAGUUGAUGGUUGUGGACUCCAAUGUACGAAUCCUUUGUACACGCAUGAAGAGCACGAAGAUACUCAUCAAUUAGUCGCUUGGGGUGCAUCGAUUUGUUUAAUUUUCAAUUUGUUUACAAUUUUUACAUUUAUGAUUGAUUGGAAAACUGCAAAUCGUUAUCCUGGAGUAGAAAUUUUUUAUAUAAAUGUGUGUUUCUUUUUUUCUUGUGUUGGAUGGUUAGCUCAAUUUAAUGGAAAUUUUCGUGAUGAUAUUAUUUGCCGAAAAGAUAAUACAAUACGAAUGUCGGAACCGAGUGCUGGAGAAAAUCUAUGGUGUGUUAUUGUAUUUAUAUUAGUUUAUUACUUUUCAAUUGCAGCACUAGCUUGGUUCGUUAUAUUUACAUAUGCAUGGCAUUUAAGUGUAACUGUACAAGCGUUAGGAAAAAUUUCAGAACGAAUUGAUAAGAAAGGAGCAUAUUUUCAUUUAGCAUCAUGGUCGCUACCUUUAGUUUUAACUAUUACAACUAUGGCGUUAGGAGAAAUUGAUGCGGAUUCAGUUAGUGGAAUAUGUUUUGUUGGAUAUAUUAGCACCACAUCUAGAGCCAUUUUACUGUUGAUGCCUGUUUGUAUUGCUCUUGUAAUUGGCUAUCAUUUCUUAUUCAGGGGCCUUCUAACGUUAAUACGCUUGGAAAUGGCUAGCCGAAAUGUAAUAUCACCAAGAGCAAGCUCCGAAAUACGUUCAACAGUGGUACGUGUUGGAAUAAUAUGUUUGGCUACAAUAUUCUUAGGCAUUUCUACAAUUGCAUAUCAUGCAUAUUAUUUUAAAAAUUUACAAAAAUGGCGUUCAAGUAUCCAUGAUUUAGUUAUUUGUCGUAUAACACAUGCAAGUAGAAUGGAUUUAUGUGAAUUGGAAUCACGUCCGAAUAUUCGAUGGUUAAAAUUACAAUUAUCAGCGGUUUUUAUAGCUGGUAUUGGAAUGUCGUCAUUAGUAUGGACUAGACCAACAUUAAAAACAUGGGCACGAUUUGUUCGAAAAAAAUUUGAUUGUGAAAAAGAAGAACCUGUUAAAUUACAGAAACAUAAAGUGAUAGCGAAAGCUUUUGCUAAACGAAAAAUGUUUUAUAAUGCAGGUAGAUUAUCAUUAAGCUUCCAUAAUACGCAUACAGAUCCUGUAGGAUUAGAAUUUGAUUUGAAUUCGGUUGCAAGUCACGAUUUAAGUUCUACGUGGGCCGCUGCACUACCAAAGUUAAUGAAUCGUCGAGGAGCGCUAACUGGAGCACCAGCAGGAUCAGUUUCUAGUCAACGACGUAAUUCAAUGGAUUCAGAAGUCAGUUUUAGUGUUCGAAGAGUAUCUGUUGAAUCUAGAAGAAAUUCAAUUGAUAGUCAAUUAUCAGUUCAAGUAGCAGAAUUGAAAGCUACACGAAAAGUUGUUGGAUCAACUGGGAGAAGACAUCGAGGGAGGAGACGACAUAGACGUCCAAGUCGUACAGCUCCCACAGGACCAUUAUUUUCUCGACGAGAAAGUUCUACAUCUUUGGAAAGUCAAUUAGGUGCACAUUUAUUGAAUGCUUUAGUUCAUCCCGACGUCCAAUCGUUUUGUCCAAAUUUAAAACGUAGAAGUGCUAAUGCAGGCCUGGACACUCAACAAAUAUCAAAUCUCUUAUCCAGUGGUAAACUCUUACUACCAUUAGUAACUGCACCAUCCGGUAGUGAAGGUGAAGAAGAAAACAAGUCAGAACAUCACCAUGACGAUGCUCGAAAUGAUAUCUUAUCGGAUUCAUCACAAACAAGUGAAUGUGCUGAGCUAACCCGACUUGCUGUGCAAUCAUCAUUGAAUUCUGGUGUCUCAGUUGGAACACAACAUAAUGGAGGUUGUCGUAGUGUUGACGUUGCUGUUCAGGCAGACGCGAGAGAUAUUGCGAUACAAACUUUAUCCUCUUACGAAUUAGAAAUCGAUGAAUUGAAUAAAAGCAUCGAUGAAUUACAAAGCGCUAGAGCCGUUAAAUCACAAUGUGUUAGCCAAGGCACACAAAUGUCACCGAUGGUCAAUCGACGGAUUGAUAACGAAAAAUCGUAUAAAACUAAACGUAGUUCACCUUCGGAUAAUAAUGAAAAUUAUAAUUUAGAUAGACAAACUAGUUUAUGUAAUGAUAAACGAUAUGAUAAAAAUUUAUUACAUAAUGAUGAAGAUGAAAAAGAAUCGUUAAUUUGUAAUAAUGAUUUGAAUCGUAUUCAAAUGAUUAAUUGUAAAAAAUAGUCGAAUAUUUAUAAUUGUUAAAAAAUUUGUGACCUUAUCUUAUCACACCAGGAUGAAAGGCUGGUUUUUAUAGCAAUCGAAUGAGUAAUUUUUAAAUUAAACAUAUUCAGUCUCAAACAAAUCAUUAUUAGGUUGAGAAUAGAUAUACUCAAAAAGAUUCUGAACAGUAGAACGGCUUUUUUACCACUUAUAGAAAACAAAUAUUUAUAUGUAUGUAUUCAAAUUCGAUCGAUAUAGGUCAACCAGGCAACCGUCUAAGGGGCACACAGUCAGAUAGAACCCGAAUCUAGGUAGACAAGAAUCGUUUGUGUUUCAUCAAAUAAAAUUUUGUUCAUACUUUUUGUCAUACAACUAUGCGGAUAGAAUACGUUUUCGGAGAAACAUAAUCUUUGGAAGUACGAAUUCAAACGAAAUAUAAUUUUUUUAACUUGACAUAUUUUUACUGCGGAAAAAUACCAUUAAGUUAAACAAGUGAAAGGACCCCACAUGAUUAGAUAGGAAAAUGGCUUUCUGUGAAACUUUUUCUGAUUAUUCUGAGCUACGAGCCAUAAAAGCUACAUAUAAAUUAUAGUUGUAGUAUAUGAUUACCGGGUAGUGGUAUGAGUAUCUGUGUGUUUGUGCAACACACACACACUAAGAUGGUAGUCAUAUACUAUAACCAUAAUAGAUAUGUAGCUUUAAUCGCCCGUAACUCGAAAAUUACUCGUUAAAAAAUUUUGUGGCGGUUUGAAAAAGUUUCACAGAAAGCCACUUUCCUAUCUAAUUGUGCCGAGUCCUUUACAAAAUUAAAAAAAAAAAACCCGACAAAUGCGGCUUUUUUCCUUGUAGCUCUAUUCAAAUUGAACCGAUUUUCUUAAAACAUAUCUGAGAACACUCUCCAUUAAAUUACCUUUCAAAAAAAAUCAAAAUCGGUUCAUCCGUUUAGGAGCUACGAUGCCAUAGGCAGAUGCACACUCACACACACAGACAUAGAGAUAAAACUUAUAAAACCUCUCUUUUUCCGCAGGGGCUUGUUAAAAACAAAUUGUAUAGAGAAUAUAAUUCAAAUGUCAAUAUCGGAUUUAAUAUUUUCGUUACUAUUUUUCAUAGUAUAAUUUUUUUGUAUAUAUAAUCAUCCCAAGGGCGGAAAUAGAUUUUGUAACAAUAGGAAAAAGUCUUUUACUUAGGCAAACCGCAACCAAUUAUAAAUUUUAAGAUAUUAGUAUCUAUGCUCUCUUUUCAUCCGCUAUUGUAAUAUAUACCUCAUAUUGUAGGUUUAUAUAUAAUAUAAGUUUCGUAAUCGUUAGCUUUAAGUGAUUUGCAGUUAAUAGAU